GUUGUCAUGGUUUACCGCCAAUUAUUAUAUUAAAAAAAGAAGCAGACUGAAUAAUAAAAAAAAAUAUACUUUUUUUUUUUACCAUUAAAGGCAAAUCCUUUCUUUUUUUUUGUUCUAUAAAAAAGAGAAAAAUACGCAACACUGCAAAGUAUACGAUCCAAUAAACGCACCCAUGACCAGGUCGACACAUUACCUGUAGGCGCUCAACAAGUAGACUAUAAGAAGCAAAAGCAACAGCAACAGCAAGUAGUUUGUUUUGAACCGCAUCAUGUGACGCAAGCGCUCAGCAUCUGUCCUUCCUGUCACGGCAAAUUAAAUAAGCCAUCCACUUUACCAUGUGGAUACACUGUAUGUCAAUCUUGUAUCCCUCAGAAUGAUACCCUAUGCAAAGCACCCAACUGUGAACGUAUCCACACCAUUCCCACUCAGCCCAAUGUGAUUUUCCAAGCCAUGCAAGCCAUUGUUGUCAGUUUCGAAGCCAGUCAUUCGUUGGAAGCACUUCGAAAUAGUUUGAACAUUACUAGCGAAUGUCCCAUCUGCUGUACUCGUUUUACCAACCCUACCACUACACCUUGUGGUCACACAUUUUGUCGAAACUGUCUUGUGCGUUCUCUCGACCACCAACGUUCCUGUCCCUUUUGUCGUGACUCUUUAGACUUUUGUCCGCCACCCACCACUGUCCUUACCGAAAUCCUUACUAAACUUUAUGAACAAGAUGACGAAUCCAUGGAUGUCCAUGUCGCUAACGAUUUUGAUGCUUCAGACACCCGCGUCCCUUUACUGAUCGGCUCACUUUCAUUCCCUCAUAUCAAUUGUGUCAUUCAUAUUUUUGAGCCUCGCUACCGUCUCAUGCUCCGACGCAUCAUGGCAUCCUCUCGAAGACGUUUUGCCAUGUGUCUCGCCAGACGCAAACGUACCUCACAAGAUCAGUCUCCCUUCUUUGAAUAUGGCACCAUCCUCGAACUCAUGCAUGUACAAACUCUUCCUGAUGGCAGGUCCAUCGUCCAAGCCGUCGGCUCUCAUCGUUUUAAAGUCCUUCAUUUUGAAUUAAUCGAUGGUUACCAUAUGGCCGAUAUCGAACGUAUCGAUGAUAUUGACCGAGAACAAGAGCAUUUACUGGAACAACAACAGAUCUUGAAAGCAAGUGCUAUGCGUGCUCGUCAACAUCAGCAACAAUUACAGUCUAUGCAACAGCAACAGCAGCAGCAACAGCAACCAAUGUCCCCCGUUGCUACGGCUCCUAUGGCUGCCCGUCCCAUGGCUGCCGCUGCUCGUCCUAUGGCUGCUCGUCCUAUGGCUGCCGCUGCUCCACAUCCUCAAACGCAAGCACCAGCUAGCCGAGCACCAUGGUUACAAAUGCAUGUGCGGGGCCUUUCAGCGGCACGACCAAAAGCGCAUUUACAGCCGCAACAAGCGUCGGCCAACACAACGUUACAGGCGCCAGAGAAAGCGGAAAAGAACCGACAGGAACAAAGCACAGAUGAAUUGUUGGAUGAAUUGGCGACGUUUGUGGAUAAAUUGUUACUUCACCGACAACAACAACAGGGCGGUAUGGCCAACUGGCUAAGUGCGCUUGGAGAUCCACCUGUACUACGAGGUGCACAACGGGAUCGAGUGAUACUAAGCUGGUGGAUUGUGAAUAUGAUGCCUUUGGGAGAAGAAGAAAAGUUGCCACUGUUGGGUAUGCGCACUGUACGAGAACGUGUAUUAUUAAUUGUUUCCUGGGUCGAUAAAUUUCAUGAUCAAUGGUCCUUAUUUUUAAACAAUCCCAAUGCAUCGGGUUCCUUAAACACAUGCUGUAUUUCUUAGAUAACUUAUUUACAUUCAUUUACAUUUAUAUAUAUACACACAUUUAAUAUGCCACAUACAUUUUCCACCCUACUAUCUAGAAUUAAAAUUAAUUUACUACUUAUUUUAACAUAUAAAACUUGUUUCAUUUAUGUGGGUGUAUAUGUGUGUGUGUGUGUGUGUGUUUAUAUUAUUAUUAGUUAUUUUGCAUAAAAGGGUCAUAAAGUUUUCGGGUCAUG